AUGAAACCAACAACGCUUUUAGUUAUUCUAAUUGCUUUUCCAAUAUGCGUGCAUAUGACGAUGAUUACAGCCGAUAAUGCGUUCAAACCUUUCUGUCCGAACUCCUAUUUUCCAGCUUCUGUGCAAGAAAAUUGCAACAAUAUAGGUUCUAAGUGCAAAACAAAGUUUGCCGAAGGAAUAUGCGGACAUCCGGAGGUGUGUGUCACCAAAAUGAGGGGGGUGGGAAAAAUAUAUAAAAAUACAUAUUUUCAGAAAAAAUGUUUGGGCCUCUCAAAUUGCCAUGAAAAAACUAUAACAACAGUAAGUAUUCUCUUUUUCCAGUGCAAGCAAUUGUUUUUUUUUUGCAGGAAUCUCGUUGCUGUCCCGAUGCGUCUUCACCCGUUCAUUUUCAAACAAAUAUAAAGUGCACGGCAUCAGAUGAUCUUGAUUAUUUGUUGUAUUGUAAAAAUGGUUAUGCUUUCCAAAUUGACGAUAAAACUCUGAAAUCUAAGAAAGGAAAAGAAUGCCGUGUGCAUUCGCAUUGUGGUGAAGGAGGAUAUUGUAUACGUCUUCAUGAUGUUACAAGGUUUGCUGUUAGCAACUGUUUUGUCAUUGGUUCACCGAAAAAAGAAGGAGAAGGAGAAGGAGCAGGAGAAGAAGAAGACAAUACAAUGCUCACUAUCAUUAUUGUCGUGAUUGUUGUUGUCUUGAUUGCUGUUGCUGGAAUUGUUGCGACAGUUUUUAUUCUUAAGAAGAAGAAGAAAGGAAAGAUUGGCCAUAAGAGCUCGGCUAGCAAGGAGACGACGAGCAAUGGAUCGACUGCUUAG